CGUUAAGACUUUAGAGAAUGAAAUUUAGCCUGAAAAUUUCAUAGUGCAUCACACAACUCCCAAUCAAAUUCCCAAAUCAAAACCCCUUAUUAUUCACUGAGAACGACUCCCUAAAACCCUUUUCACAUCUCUCUUUUUCUCUCACUCCUAUGAAAAUUCUCUGCCAACAGACUCUGCAUAAGGUUUUGGACUAGAGACUUAAAGGGUCUUCGUCUAUGUGUGUUAAUUUUGUUGGGUCGUCUUCUUCCUCAUGCCAUGCCGGCGGAAAGGCAAUGCUUCUGCUUCUGUGUUCAAUCGCUUCCUAGUUUCUGGGUCGUCUUCUCUGCCAUUGCCUCCUUGACAAUGACAGUACAAGCAUUUACUGGAACUUAUGGAAUAAAUUAUGGAAGGAUUGCUGAUAACAUUCCUUCACCUGAUGAAGUUGUUUCGCUUCUCAAAGCAGCAAAAAUAAAGAAUGUUAGGAUUUAUGAUGCUGAUCACAGGGUCCUUAAGGCAUUUAGUGGGACGGGGCUUGAAUUGGUGGUCGGUCUCCCGAAUGGCUUCUUGAAAGAAAUGAGUGCGAGUGAGGACCGGGCGAUGAACUGGGUCAAAGAGAACGUCCAGGCAUUCCUUCCUCAGACUCACAUUUGUGGGAUUGCCAUUGGAAAUGAAGUACUAGGAGGGGGUGAUUUGGAGCUAUGGGGAGCACUCUUGGGUGCUGCAAAGAAUAUCUAUAAGGCAGUGAAGAAGCUUAACUUAGAUGGUAUUGUUCAGAUCACGACUGCGCAUUCUCAGGCUGUUUUUUCGAACUCGUUUCCACCUUCUUCGUGUAUAUUUAGAGAGAAUGUUGUUCAGUACAUGAAGCCUUUGUUGGAUUUCUUUUCAGAGAUCGGUUCGCCUUUCUGUUUAAAUGCUUACCCCUUCCUAGCCUAUAUGAGCGACCCAGAGAAUAUUGAUAUCAAUUAUGCACUUUUUGAAUCAACUCAGGGAAUUUCUGAUCCUAAAACUGGUCUACAUUAUGACAACAUGCUCGAUGCUCAGAUCGAUGCUGCAUAUGCAGCAUUGGUAGAUGCUGGAUAUCAGAAGAUGGAAGUCAUAGUUACAGAGACUGGUUGGGCUUCCCAUGGGGACGAAAAUGAAGCUGCAGCAACUGCAAAUAAUGCAAGGAUAUUUAAUUACAACCUCCGUAAGAGGCUCGCGAAGAAGAAAGGAACCCCCUUCAGGCCAAAGAAUGUAUUGAAGGCUUACAUUUUUGCAACAUUUAACGAAAAUAUGAAACCGGGGCCGACUUCCGAGAGAAACUUUGGACUUUUCAAAGCUGAUGGGACCAUAUCAUACGAUAUUGGAUUUCAUGGACUUAAAUCUUCGUCUGCAGAUUCAUCUUAUUUAUCGCUCCAGGAUCUCCAAGCUCGAGGAUUUUUAGUGAACCGCAUUUUCUCGUUAACAAUCCCUGCCAUGACGCUACUUCUAUUGUUGAGAUAAAAAAUGGAAUGCAGAAUGUCAGAGAAGUUAUUGUGUUAAGUUAGGAAGGCAAACCUGCAGCAGCUGUUGGAAGGCAAAAGCAUUACAUCUUCUGCUGGUACAUUGCCAUACACUUGGUACAGUUGCUUGCUUGUUUAUUCUUUUGCCUCUUGCAUAAAUUAAACUCACAAUUUUCCACAAGGUUGAGAUUUGAGAUGGAGCUAUUGAAUCAUAAAUGGAAGUGGCAAAAUAAAAGCAAAAUAUGCUUAUGAUUUCCAGCUGAUUGUGCCUUUCCCAA